CUGCACUAUGGGACCCUCCUGGGCAGCAAAGCUUGUGCCCACAUGGCAGCAGCUGCCUGGGCCAGUGGCUUUCUCACUGCUCUGCUGCACACAGCCAAUACAUUUUCCCUGCCAUUGUGCAAGGGCAAUGCCCUGGGCCAGUUCUUCUGUGAGGUCUCACAGAUCCUCAAGCUCUCCUGCUCAAACUUCUACCUCAGGGAAGUUAGGUUUCUUGUGGUUAGUGCUUUUCUUUUUUUUAGCUGUUUUGUGUUCAUUGUUUUCUCCUAUGUGCAGAUCUUCAGGGUUGUGCCGAGGAUCCCCUCUGAGCAGGGAUGGCACAAAGCCUUUUCCACCUGCCUCCCUCACCUGGCUGUGGUCUCCCUGUUCUUCAGCACUGGCACAUUUGCCUACCUGAAGCCCCCCUCCACCUCCUCCCCGUCCCUGGAUCUGUUCCUGUCAGUUCUGUACUCAGUGAUGCCUCCAGCCCUGAACCCCCUCAUGCACAGCCUGAGGAAUCAAGGCUGCAGUGAUUACUACAACAAAACAGAAACAAUUAUUGAUUACUACAAGGAAAACGAUACUAUAAAAAGGGAGCAGCAAAUCAAGCUCGGUGGAAGCGUGGAGUGGGCGGUGUGUGCCGCCCCAGGUGCCACCAAGGAGGUUCAGGCGGGGAUCGGUGCCUUGGGGGCGCUGCCCGGAGUCGGGGGCGCCAUCUUUCCUUUCUGCCUCUAA